AUGCCCCCCAACUCUUUAUUUCGACCUCAAUCCGUCUUGCCAUUCGUCCCAGAGCCACGGCCGUCGUGUACUCCAGUACCAACGGCGACCACCCAAGUUGCAAUUUCCGCAUUCCUGUCACGACGUCAGUUGCUGGUUACCACCUUGGCGAACUCUCGUCUCUCGCUGACGCGAUCCGCCUUCGCAAAAUUCCGUUCUGUGGUUCAGCCGCCUUCUAGAUUGGCAGCGUGCCUUCGUCCCGCCACCAUUCCCUCUGCCCUCUCCUUCUCCCACUCCUCCCAUUCCUCCCACUUUUCCCACGCCACCACUAGCGCCACUAGCCGCUCCAUCCUCUCCGUAUCACUCAUCCCGUCACGAUCAGUUAUCUCCUGCAGCCUCCUUGCGCCGUGCCUGCCCCGCCCUACUAGCGCCCGUCCUGUUGCCCCUUUUUCCACAUCUUCUUCCGCUAUUUGCCCCCCUCCCCCUCUCCCGGCCUGCUUCUCCGCCUUUCCGCCUCCUUCCCCCCACUCCAUGCCGCCCUUCCCCCUACCGGUAUGGCAAUCCGCGCGCCUCCGAGGGAAACGGGCAGGGCGAAAUGGCGCAACGGGGGAAAGCAAUGGGAACGUGGGGAGCAUUGGAAGCGAGAGGUCUCAAGACCCGGAACUGACGAGUCUGAGGGAGGUGAAGGAGGUGAAGGAGGUGAAGGAGGUAAAGGAGCUCAAGGGUGUGAAGCAGGGGUUACUGGAUGAUGUGGGCGAGAGUGGAUCGCAGGACUCUUUAGGAGCGCCAGGACGUCUAGUGAAAGCAGAGGCCGGGCUAGCAGCUGCUGAUCGGCAGGUGAAGAAGCGGAGAGGAGGAGUUGUCGUGCAAGGGGAUGGUGGAGAGAUGUUCAAGCGCGUUGGGGAAGAGAAUGGGAAGCAGAUUGCAUCCGCUGCACCUGUUGCUUCUGCUGCACUAGCUGCUACUGAUCUUGCUGCUGCCUGUGCUGCGGAAGCGCGUGCGGCAGCAGAGGUGGAUCGCAGUGAGUGGCGGUGGCAGCAGCUGAGAGUGGAACCAGGCGAGCUAGACCUUCACCUCACCUUCGCCACUGGACAAACCUUCAGGUGGGUAGAAACUGGUCCAGGGGAGUUCUCAGGUGUCGUGGCCAACCGCCUAGUCACCCUGCGCCAGCCUGUGCCUCUGGGCCCAGUCUCGGUGUGCAUUCACUCUCCCACUCUUAUGACGAAAGAGGAGCAAGAAGAAAGGCGUUCCGAUGCAUCUCUGAAGGUUGCUGAGGGCGCAUUGUCGAUGGCAGAAGGCUGUGCGAGGGAACAAGGAAGGGAUGCAGCAACACGGCAAGCAGAGGGACGAGAAAAGGAAGGAGAAAAAGAAGAGCAGGAUUCGGUCAUUCUAAGAACAACGGCUGCUAACGGGACGGGUGCUGCUGCCGCUAAUUCUGAUCCACGUCAAGAGUCAGGCUGUGAAGCGGCAGAGGAAGCAGCAGUGAUGGCUGCUUUGGAAGAUUUGCUCAACCUCCAUGUAAACACACUCGAUCUGUACCGGCAGUUUGCUGAGUGCGAAACACACUUCGCGUCCCUCCUCCCCAUGAUUACUGGCUACAGGAUACUCCGACAGGAGCCAGUGGAGUGCCUCUUUCAGUUCAUCUGCUCCUCCAACAACCACAUCUCCAGAAUAUCCUCCAUGGUGGAGGUGUUGUCACAGCAGGGUCCCCUCAUAGCCACCAUCAACGGCCGUCCCUUCCAUGCCUUCCCCUCACUGGAGUGUCUCUCCUCGCUCUCAGAGGGUUAUUUGAGGGAGCGCGGCUUUGGCUACCGGGCAGCCUUCAUUGUGCAGACUGCAUGCCACCUUCACCAGAUGCAAGCCACAGGUGGCAUGAGUGGCAGUGAGUGGUUGCAGGCGAUGCGGCAGCAGGCAUGGCAGGAGGUGGAGCGGCAGCUGUGUGAGCUGCCAGGCGUGGGCCCCAAGGUGGCAGCAUGUGUGGCGCUGCUGUCGCUGGACCAGCAUGCUGCCGUGCCCGUCGACACCCACGUCUGGCAGCUGGCUCAGAGGCACUACGCGAGCAGCAUCAAGGGCAAGACGCUCACUGCACGGGUGCGAGUGCAGCUGACACAGGCGCUGGAGGGGAUGUUUGGGCCCAUGUGUGGCUGGGCUGUCAACGCUAUGUUCGCCUCUGAGCUGCCAUCUGUCAAAGCACGCUUUGCUGCUGCAGGUCCUGCUGCCAUGAGCAGCCUGCUUCUGAAAGAGAAACAAGCUGUUCCGGACAGCACUCCCUGA